AUUUUUUCACAUUUGCUGAUUAUUUAUCUAUCACUUUUCACAUCUACUGAUCAGUAAUCUGUUUCUUUAUUUUUCCACGUCUGCUGAAUACUUACCCACCUCUUUCUACUGUCAACACGUUAACUACUUUCUUUAUUUUCGUUCUGAUUAUCUCCUGUUCUUCACUUUUCUCUUAAACCUCGGUCGCGUAUUAAGCGCUAUGGCGAACGCUGCGCCAGGACGGCAGUUCAGAACUUUCCAUAUUACCGAUCUUAGAAAUGCUGUGACCCUACAGAUCAAGUUGUUGAGUAUUUUAAAGCAAGAAUAUAAAGUUACAGGGAACUUUUUCCAACUUGUGCAGAAAAUUACACCCUGCUGAGACGCGAUGCAAACAACUUGGCUCUAAUGCAUAUGUUGCAAUGGACUGAACAGACUACCUUACUUCCUUUUCCACCUGUGCAUACGGAGUCAUUCUGGGCGAAAUGCUUCCUCUUUGUUAGCAGUUUAUGCCUGGGAGCUAGAGAUUUGAGAUCUUUCCGACAUCCUUGGGAGCACAAACCUUGGGAUACAUUCCAAAAUUUCUUCAUUCCCAGUAGCGAAGGAUACCGCUAUCUGAGAUGGAUUCAGCUAUACAAUAGCUGGGCAGAUCCAUAUUCAACAAAAGCUCUAACCAACGCCACACGGCAUCUGUCAUCAAAUAUCUUCAAAUUUAUUCUUCAUGUUUGUGAGGCUUUUUUCCGAACCUACAGUGAACACCAUGGCGUCACUCUGUCACAGACAGCCAAAACGCUCAGAAAAAAGUUGUUAAAGCGGUCCAGAAACACGAGCUUUUCAACCAAGAAGAAUGGAAUACUCUGCCAGGAGACUGGCUACAAACACAGACACUCUACCGUGAAUUACAGCAAACGUAUAAUCAACACUCUAGGGAUCACAACAGUGACGCCAUCGAAGCCCUUGCAGGCACCUCAGGGAGCGUUCAAUUGAUUCAAUUUUCUACCUGGCUGCUUUCGCAAGCCAAACUUUAUAAUGGACGUAUAUGGUCCGUUCUGCCUUUGGCUCUCAUCAAAUAGGCUAUCUCCCAUUGAGUGGUGUAUGCUUUCAUUAUUUCUGUUAGCACGCCUACAACAAAUGGCACAUCGUG